AAAAACAAAUGUAACUCAACUCAUUUGCGUCACUUCACGUUUACCUUUUACCCCGCGACACCGUAUGACAGCGAAAUGGCUGCCUCCAUGCAGCUUAUCGGGAACCUUCUGUGCCGUAUCACGCCGUCAAUUUUACAGCCACUGAGACCAUUUCAGUCCUUACAGAGGAUACCAGGACAACCAUGUCUGAGAACCUCACCGUUCAUGCUUCCAAGUCAUUCUUUCUGCAAUGAGGCUUCAGCUGAAAAGGCUGCUAAGCCUAAAGUGGUCACCUCUCGCUACAAGGACAGACCCUGGGACUACCUGGAGAGUGAAGAAUACAUAGAGAAAUAUGGGACCAGUUCUGUGUGGACAGGGUACAGGAGGAAUCACAAAGGAGGGAUACCGCCACAGAAGACUCGCAAGACCUGUAUUAGAGGAGUAAAGGUCUGUGGAAACCCAUGUCCAAUUUGUCGGGAUCCUAACAUUAUCGUCCAUCAUCAGAAUGUGAAACUGCUGAAGCAAUUCAUUAAUUCCGAAACCGGAAUAGUGUACGAUCCGACUCGAACUGGUAUUUGUAUGAAACAACAGAAGCUGCUCGUCAAAGCCGUCGGCACAGCAAAAGAUCACGGUUUCCUCACCUUUCAGAUUCCAUACGUGCACUUUUCAGAACAGGAUUUCUCCAGCUCUCACGAUGCCGUGGGUAAAACCCCGCCUCCACCUUCCCUAAGCGCCGGUGACAGCUGGUACAAAUGGUACGGUGAAAUAAUCCCUGAUGAGACUGAAGUAGCUAAAGUCAAGAAGAUCUACGCAGAUUACCUAAAGUGAAAGAGGCAACGUAACUGUAAAUUGUAAUAACUUUAUUCUUUUUCCACUAUGUUAAUCUCAAAUUCCAACCUGUUUAAUAUUCGUUUGCAUGUACACAAAAGAAUAAACCAUCGUUAAAAGUA